UCAAUUUAUUUCAAGUAUAUUUAAUUAAAUGGAGACUUAAAUCUCCUGCUCACGCAUCAAACUGUUUUUUUACAGUUGCGUCAAUUUGUUUGAUUACAUUUUCAGUGAGCCAUAAAUGGCGACAUUUGAGAUUGAUAAAGGUAAUAUCCUUGGUGAAGGGCAAUCAUGUGUUUUUCGCGGAACUUAUUGGAAUAAAACAGUCGCCAUUAAGAGGAUGGUAAAAACACCAUCGUUAACCGACGACGAAUUCGAGUUUCAAAAGAUACUUAAACACAAGAACGUUCUAUCAAUUCUGGCAGUUUUAGACGAUUUAGAUUUCAGGUACAUACUACUUGAAUUGUGCUCGGGAUCUCUUUAUCAAGUCAUUAAAAAAACCUUCAAGGGAACACCGCUAUUACCGUCCGAUAGAGAAGUCUUGUACCAAAUUGCCGAUGGUCUCGACUAUGUUCAUUCGAAAAACUUGGUCCACUGUGACAUCAAACCUCAAAACAUUUUGAUAUCCAUGACGGGCGAGAUUAAGUUGGCUGAUUUUGGAUCGAGCAGGAAAACCACAAACGGCACGUUCAUUCCAAGUGGACCGAUUGGAGGGACCUUACAAUGGAUGGCACCAGAAGUUUGCCCAAAAGACAGCAAGAUGAACAAAGUGUCAGCAAUGGCUGAUUUGUUUUCUUUUGGUUGCGUCUGUUUUGUUUUUCUUACCCGAGAAAAAGGCGGGAUACACCCCUUUGGCGAUUGGAAUACCCCUUAUUUGAGUGCUCAAGUCCAAUGCAACAUUCGCGAAGGCAGACAAGUCAACACAGAAAAGUUGAAACAUCACCCCUACGCUAAUUUUAUUCGCCCAAUGAUUGAAAAUAACCCGGACAACAGAGGGACUCUCACAGAAUUUAUGACAAAUCUUACAGUUCCAACCGCGUCGUCUAGCAUUCCAUCCGACAUGAACAUAAGCACGUUUCAUCAAGUAGAGCAGGAGAAAACACUCGUCGAUCUUUUACUGGCUCAAGAACAACCGAACCACGCUUCUGGAUCUCACGAGACGAUGUUAAAUAAUGAAGAAACCACCAACCCAAAAGUUCCUAUUAACUGUGAAGUAGAAUUAACAAGCCUUCAAUCCCCCAGAGGUUUCAACGGUCUCUCUCUUAACGAUAAAAUAGAAGGAGAUGCUGGUGAAGCCGACAGCGAUGGCAGUGUCAAGGUUGACACCUCAAUCAAAUCAAUUGGAGAAGAGCCUCUACAAGUGGUUGGAAACUUUUUCGAUCAGGAAGAUUUCGAGCAAGAAGCGAAACCAAGUCCUAGUGUUCUAUCCGGCUGCAACUCAUCACUGUCAGCCAACGGUUUGGUCAAACGUGAACUGAAGCCAAAGGUUGUAACUAAUAAGGGCGAUUACGAAGAACAAGAAGAGGAUGUCCGCAAAAUAUCGCUCAAUGUUUCAGAUGAACAAGAAACUCGGGAUCCUCCGAAUCUCAGCACCAUCAAACUUAAUGAUACUGCCAAGUUUGAGACGAUCAAGAACUGCCGUCCUCUUCCCUAAUGGGCAAAUAUAGCAUUUCCCCCCCCCCCAAAGUAUCAAAUAGUCAAGUCUUAGUAUUCGCGUAGCCAUCAAUUCGAGUGUGGACCAACAUUUGAACGGUCUAGUCAUUAUUCAUCAAUAUCUUUCUUUAAGGCAUUGAAGAACAAACUAACAAACAAUAUUCACACCAUCGACUUCAAAGACUGUAAUAAACACCGAUGUAUCCCUAA